CCUAGAGCGUGUCACAACGCUUCUCUCUCUCUCUCUCUCUCUAUAUAUAUAUAUUUCUUUAUAACUGUCCAUGGAUUAAAUGGUUUUUUCUCCCUUUCUGCCAUUACACGUGGAUACCUCUGAGGAGAAACAGAAAGGCUGUGGAGGAGCUGCAUUAGAGGAAGCGGAACACUAGCUGAAGGAGAAGCGCACUGAAGUUCGCUGAAAGUCACGAGUACCUUUUAGCGAAGCUAGCUAGUUAGCCGAGGGAGCAUGCUAACGCUAAUGACGUGUUAUUUUAUUUAUUUUAACAGAACACGGCAUGGGCACAGGCUGUAGAUGGUUUUCAGAAAGAUUUGAGAUAUUUGUAGAUAUAUUUUGGUAGUUAUUUUAAUAAUACAGACCGACCGGCUGUGUAGAAAACUUUUAAAUGUUUGUUUAACAGGAAGUGAGGAGGGUAUUUUUUUUUUCUAAAGUCAAAUAUUUAAGUAUAAUAUUCCUUUUUUUUUCUUCAAGUAAGCACUGGAUUUUAAUGUUUUGGUUAUAAAAUGCUAGGUGUGUGUAGUUGUACAUUAGGGUAUACUGUACAUUUUAUUGAAGCUGCUCUUGUUAAAUAAGAGUCAGUCUGUUUCUGACCUCUUCAACCAGUAGCCACUUAUUAGUGUCAUAGGUGUAACUUUCCCAUUUUUUCCCCGCUUUUCUUUUUUUCACUUUUUGCAACGGAAAAAAAGAUGCGCGACCCGAAUGUGACUUUUAACGCCCUUCAUAAGACCUGCACUCUUGUUGUCCUCCUUUGCUGCCUGCACAUUUUGGUCACUGUGGUCUACUAUGUCAAAUCGCUGGACAACAAACAAUCGUUCGUCCAAAACUCUCAGCACAACCAUCAGACCUUCAGGAAACUGGAACAGCAUCCAGGAACCACCGAAGUAUCCAAACCGGACAACACUUUAGUGUCCAACAACACCGUUAAAGAGAGCGAGCUGGAAAAAUGCCCUGAUACGUCGCCUUUGCUUGUGGGUCCGCUCCUAAUCGAGUUUUCCAAUCCAGUGAGCCUCGAUCAGGUGAGGAAAGAGAACCCAGUGCUGCAGAAUGGAGGACGCUACAAACCCAAAAACUGCAAAGCUUUGCAGAAAGUGGCGAUCAUCAUCCCAUUCCGUAAUCGAGACGAACACCUAAAGUACUGGCUUUAUUACCUGCACCCAAUUCUGCAGCGGCAGCAGCUCGACUAUGGCAUCUACAUCAUCAACCAGGAACGCAGACAGUUCAAAAAAAUGGAUGGAGAGGAGACCUUUAACCGGGCCAAACUGCUCAACGUGGGCUACGCCGAGGCUCUGAAGGAGUACGACUACGAAUGCUUCGUAUUCAGCGACGUCGACCUCAUCCCCAUGGACGACCGGAACACAUACAAAUGCUUCGAGCAGCCAAGACACUUGUCUGUCUCCAUGGACAAAUUUGGCUUCAGACUUCCAUAUAACCAGUACUUCGGCGGUGUGUCCUCCCUGAGCAAGGAGCAGUACUUGAAGAUUAACGGCUUUCCAAAUAACUACUGGGGCUGGGGAGGCGAGGAUGACGAUAUCUACAACAGGGUGACCGCCAAAGGGAUGUCCAUAUCCAGACCCAACAGUGCAGUCGGAAAAUGCAGGAUGAUUCGUCACGAACGGGACCAAAAGAACGACCCGAACCCCCAAAGGUUUGACCGAAUAGCACACACCAGAGAGACUAUGCACAAAGAUGGCAUCAACUCCUUGUCUUAUGAAGUGGUUCGAGUGGAGAAGGACCAGCUGUUUACCAAAAUCACAGUGGAUAUCGGCAAACCAUAAAACUGACCCCUAUUUUUUUUUUUUUUACCUGAACAAACUCAAAAGAUUUUAAAGCUGUCUGUUAGGAAGACGGGAUGCAGUAACCAAAUGUGCCUUGACAUUAUAAAGCUGAAUAUCUGAUUCAAAGCAAUCUUUAUCUUUUUGAAGUGAAUUCUAUAUUUUUAAAGACAUUAGUACUUGGAAAUCUAUUUGCCAUCUUUGCACAAGCGAUGGUGAACCGAAAGAAAGUGGACGUGUGAAUCGAGGUCAUAAUUUUGGUGGUGUGGGGGUCUGUUUUUUUUUUUUUUUUUUUGUUGCUGUUUUUUUUUUUUUUUUCUUCGCUCACUGAGCUACUAAGAGCAUCUUUUGAGCCACAGGCGAUAAAACUUGCCUAAAGAGGCAUUGUGUAAAGAAUGUAAGCUGCGUUGUGUGUCUGUGGUGUGCGUGUGUUUUUCCAGCUUUAAGGUCACCCCUUCAGACUCUGAAGAUCGAUCGAGGACGUUUGCGCCGGUGUUGCAAUCAUUCCACGUCAGUGCAAAGAGUUUCUGCCUUCUUAAAAUCCUCAUCUCCACUUGUGUGGCCCAGAAACCAAAAAAACUUGUGGGAUCUUAUUCGUUUUCUGAAUGUAUCUUUUGGUGCUUUACCCUUUGACUGUAAGGAAAUCGGACUCUUUGAGGUAGAUGUGGGUCAUUUCGGCGCCAACGUCCUGACGUUUUUUUUAAUCCUACAUACUAAAAAGGUAAACAGAAAACCAAUAAACUGUUCGAUGGAUUUGCAUUUCAGUGUUUACAAAAAUAAGCCAUGAGAAAUGACAUAUACCAAGUAAGGAAUGAGAUAAAACACAUGAUAGGAGUCCACCAAUGCAAUACAAGGAAUAUCAGAGGUGCCAACAUUUACAGUUUUGUCUAACAUUUUCAGACACCUCAACAAACCUGGGCAUUUUAGCAGCAAAUUCUAAACCCAGUUCCUCCUCUGGUUGGAAAUCUUGAAAUCUCAGUUCUAUCCCAGACUAAAGCAUGCACCGUAUUGUAGCUUUUUUUGUCGGUCAAAAAAAGUUUCCUUUUCCUUUUUAGCAAUGCUGGCACCUCUUUAUCCCCCCAGAUUUACUCUAGAUAACAAAUCUAUCCAAAGAAAGAACAUGUAUAUUGCAAAAAACUAAUUGUCCACCUGCUUAUCUCAGUCCUGGUUUUCUCAGAAGAUACAAAUCCAUGCUAUAAUUUAUUACACAGCUGAUUUGGGGGGAAAACCCCACUGUAGUAUAGGCGGCCAUGUGUCUGCAUUCUCUGCCUCUCUUUUUUUUUUUUUUUUUUUUUGAGCCACGUGUGAGAAAUAAUAUAUACUGUUAUUAAGCUUUUUGUUAUUAUUGGUGAUGACUGCAUUAUCAUUGGGUUCAAACAGCUAUUUCUGGGUUUUGCAUUUAUGUCAGCCUUUUUUUUUUCAGGGCUUAAAAUAACAUAAAAACAUUUUAUUACAAAGGUAAAAAGUCCAGCACCUGAUUUUCUUUCAGCUUCUGUACUUUAUUUCCAUUUUUAUUUUAUUUUCUGAAAUCGGGGUUCUUUUAACCAGUGUGCUAUAAUAAAAGCGUUCAUGCGUUUAAUUCCCUUCGAUGUCAGAGGAAAACAAAGCCAUUAAAAUGAUUGUGAGUAGUUUCAGUUUCUGACUGUUAAGCGCUGGGUUUAUACUAAUGAGCCAUCGAAACCAGUUUCACUAAUAUAUUGUUUUUUUUGUUUUUUUUAUAUUUCUCAACAAGACUGGUAGUGACCUGGGAAUUAUUCUGUAAAGACUGCAAGUAUUUUAUAUCUUCUGUUUGUUUUGGUUUUUCUAAUCACUGCUUUUUUUUUUGGUGCUUUUUUUCCAGUUGAGUUCACAAAAUACAAUACAUUUAAAUCCUUAAACUGAGCAUGCACCAGUGCUCCCCAAACCUUAGUGGCUUCAGCAUUUUCUGCAAAAAAAAGUUCUCUCUACCUGAGCAUCAUCCUUUAAUUAAAACCAGUGCCUUGUUUUUUUUUUUUUUUUUUUUUUUUUUGCUUACUUCUACAUUAAAUUUUAAGUUGUGUAUGUCAUGCUUUAUUUUCACACCCGACGACACGACAAUCUUCCUUGAUUUUCUUACCUUUGGGUUUUGGCAUAUCGUAUCGCUGAAGAUAAAUGCAAUUAUGAUCUUCAAAGCAUUAAAUGAAAUUGUGAUUGAAUGUA